AUGCGAGGGACUGAAUGGAAGGUUUUUAGCAUCAGUCAAUGCAGAACCAAAACUUUCAUCCAGGUGAUGGAUGAAAUUUUGAGGUUUCUUUUGAUGUCUUUGGUUUGAAAAGAAAGACACCAUAUACCUGUCGAUUUUAUAGCGCAUUAUGGCGUUUCUGCUGUGCCAACUUAUUCUUCGUGAAUCAGUUCUGACACAACAGUCUGACGCUUAAGAAUCGUGCGAAUUCUUAUGAAAGGAGUGGAGUGCUCUUAGCAUAUUUUUUAUGCUAAGCUCUAUCGGAGUAGAUUGCUGAAUUCCAUUUGCUUGCAGCUCCGAGCUAUGGUCUUUGAGAAGUAGAAGAAUGCAGUGCACCACCUCCACUGUUUCACAGUGGUCCUCGGCUCCGCUCAGCGUUACAUGCCAUCAGCUACCAAAUCAGCACAGUCCGUCUGUUAAAAAAGUGGCAGCUGCAUGCUGGAUAAAAUCUGUUGAAGAAAAGAAUAGCCGUCAGCUUCAUUCUUUCAGAUCCUGUCGUCAAUAUACCACCAUUUCAAGCAAUCAACUUUCUCACAGACAUCUGCAAACGCGAGCUGCGGGACAUACUAUGACGGAGAUUUCAAAGCACUCGAAAGAGCCCGAUAGUAUUUCAUACCUUUCACAAGCGGAUGCAGCGGCCAUCGAUGAGCUCCUCAUGGGGCCUUUGGGGUUCAGUGUUGACCAGCUAAUGGAACUUGCGGGAUUGAGUGUGGCGAGCGCUAUCGCAGAGGUGUAUGGAGUAAACGAACAUCCUCGUAUUCUCGUCAUUUGUGGACCGGGAAACAACGGCGGUGAUGGACUCGUUGCUGCACGCCAUCUUCAUCACUUUGGGUAUAAACCUUCGAUUGUCUACCCCAAGCGUACAGACAAACCUUUGUAUCAUGGGCUCGUAACGCAGCUGGAAAGUCUCUCGGUACCAUUCUUAUCUGAGGCAGACUUACCUCAUCACCUGAAGGAUGACUUCGAUAUCGUCGUUGAUGCUAUGUUUGGUUUCUCCUUCAAAGGCAAGCCGCGUCCUCCAUUUGAUACCCUUCUGCAGCGACUUCAAGUAUCGAAUGACUCUGGAGCGGAAGAUGCUGGUGUGCCCUUUGUAGUGUCCAUAGAUAUUCCCUCAGGUUGGCAUGUGGAGGAAGGUGAUACCGAGGAAACUGGACUGAUGCCAGACAUGCUGGUUUCGCUCACAGCACCCAAGAAAUGUGCCAAACAUUUCCGAGGAGCUCAUCAUUUUCUUGGGGGUAGAUUUGUGCCUCCAGCCGUCGUUGAGAAGUAUGGAUUACAGCUACCAGCAUAUACAGGAUCGUCGAUGUGCGUCCGUAUUGGUAAACAAACGUCAAUAGAUGUGGCAGCCCUUCGGGAAAAUUACGUCGGAGCAGUGCUCUUAGAGGAACAAGCCAUUCUUGAUCCCAUCAAACAGUUCCAAGUCUGGUUUGAAGAUGCUGUGUCAGCUGGAGUGCAUGAACCUAAUGCCAUGACCUUAGCGACAGCAGAUGCUGAGGGCAACCCGUCAGCGCGAAUGGUGCUUCUAAAGGGCUAUGAUGAGCGUGGAUUUGUAUGGUACACAAACUAUGGAAGUCGAAAAGCUGGUGAACUUUCUGAUAACCCUCGAGCUGCCCUGGUUUUUUUCUGGGACAAAUUCAAUCGCUCGGUCCGUAUAGAAGGCCCUGUUGAGAAAGUUCCUGAGGAGGAGUCUGAUAAUUACUUCCAUAGCCGGCCAAGAGGGAGCCAAAUCGGUGCCAUGGUCAGCUCUCAGAGCUCUGUUAUUGAAGGACGCCAUGUCCUCGAUCAAUGCUACAAGGAUUUGGUAGACAAGUAUGCUGAUGGGGCUGUCAUACCGAAGCCUGAUUACUGGGGUGGAUACAGACUCCAUCCAGUGAGAAUAGAAUUUUGGCAGGGACGAGAAUCAAGGCUUCAUGACAGGUUGAGGUACACUUUGACCAGCAGAGGAGGAGAAAAUAAGACUUGGAGUAUCGAGAGACUAGCACCGUGAAAAUCGUCAAGUCUCUCGGUUUCUAAAUCAGGAAGGCAGCUUACGCUUCAUGUUUUGAAGCACACGGAUUCUAUUCUACUAUGGUGCAAUGCUCGAGACGGGUUUUUGCAAGCUUCUUAGGAUACCUUCUUUCCGCUUUACAUAGGGGAAGAAGACAGAUGGAUUCAUAGUGUGAGAAGGCAUAGUUCUUGACCUCUAUUACAUGCUGUGAUCCAGGUGAAGCUUCAGGGCUGUCAAAGUGUGCUUUCAACAAAUAUAAUACGGUUGAUGCCCGAGCUAUUUUUGAUGUGGCAUCACCUUCAGUCUAUCCC